CGCAGGGAGUGGGAAGCGCGCACACGGACGGAUGAACUGGUGAACGUGAACCUGCCACUUGUUUCUGUUUCCUCUCCUUGUUGCCAGACUGCGCAGCGGGAUCAGUGCAGACAGGUCUAACUGUGUGUUACAUCGUUAGGCUUCCUGCAGCAGACUCACCAUGGGGAUCAAAGCUGCUCUGCCCAGAUAUGAGCUCUAUCUCUACUCUGCUGUGCUCGCAGGAGCUCUGAUAUGGGCAUGCAGUUGGAUACUCGAAGCCUCCACUGAGAACGUAAACAGAAGGGCGUUUAAAGAAAACGUGAAACCAGGAUGGCAUUACUUUGGCAGGAAAAUGGAUGUCGCAGACUUCGAGUGGGCGAUGUGGUUCUCUACCUUCCGCAAUCACAUCCUCUUUGCUCUCGGUGGUCACGUGAUAUUUGCCAAGAUAUUUACCGUGGCAGCACCGAAGCACAGAUCCCUGAUCUUUGCACUGUACGGGGGUUUGGCAGUUCUGGUCACGAUGGGCUGGACCUUCAUAGCUCUGGUUCUGUCUCACUGCAUCAUCCUCUACAGCGUCGCUCUGGUCAAGAAGAAGUGGAUGUGCUUUGCUGCCGGCCUGAGCACGCUGGCCUCCAUCAAGCUGGAGCCCUAUAACUCCUGGCAGGAGAACUUGGUGACGGGUUCUUUCGACCUUCAAGACAUCCUGUUCUACGGAGGCUGCGGCUUCAGCAUCAUGCGCUGCAUGAGUUUCGCUUUGGAGAACUGCGACAGGAAGGACGGCAACUACAAUUUCUCUGACCUCCUGAAAUACAACUUCUACCUCCCGUUCUUCUUCUUUGGACCUAUUAUGACUUUUGAUCGCUAUCACGUGCAGGCAAACAACACUCAGUUAACGCGAAAGGAAAGGGAGAUGUGGAACAUCACCACCAAGGCCUUGUUGCACCUGGGAGUGAUUCUGGUGGUGGACGUCUUCUUCCACUACCUGUACAUCCUCACCAUCCCCAGUGACAUGAAGCUGGUCACCAAGCUCUCUGACUGGUGUCUGGCUGGCCUGGCGUACUCCAACCUCGUGUAUGAUUGGAUAAAAGCAGCUGUCAUGUUCGGUGUGAUUAACACCGUGUCCACACUGGACCAUUUGGACCCCCCUCAGCCUCCCAAAUGUAUCACCAUGCUCUACGUCUUCGCCGAGACACACUUUGACCGAGGCAUCAACGACUGGCUGUGCAAGUAUGUUUAUGACUACAUUGGUGGGGAUCACGAUAAGAUCUUUAAAGAGCUCCUUGCAACCAUCUGCACUUUUGCCAUCACCACCUUGUGGCUGGGCCCGUGCGAGCUCGUUUACAUCUGGUCGUUUUUCAACUGCUUCGGCCUCAACUUUGAGCUGUGGGUGGCAAAGUUCUUCUCCCUUCCACCGUUUUCCAUCGUGGAGGGAGCUAUGGGUGAAGCCAUGUCUCGCAGGAUCAGGGGUGUGUUUAAUGCUGCUAACUUCUGGGCCAUUGUCCUCUACAACGUUCUCUCCCUGAACAGUUUGGAGUUUGCUAAACUGGUUGGUAGAAGACUGAUCUUCAAAGGUUUCCCUCUGUCCACGCUGUCGGUGCUGCUGGUGACCUACUGUGGUGUGCAACUGGUGAAGGAAAGAGAGCGACAACAAGCCCUGCUGGUCGAUCCAGAGCCCGUGAAGCCAGAGGAUGGAGGCAAAGAAAAAGCUGAAUAAUCACACAGAACAACUUUUUUUUAAAUCCUAGAGGUAUUUGGACUUUAUGACAGCCUGCACAUGGUUCUGGUUUCAGUGUUACCAGCUGUAACUGAACCAGACUGUGACAACCCCCCCAUGGUCCUCACGUGGAGGUGGCUUUGCUCGUCAGAAACAAUCAGCAGUAUUUUGGACUGCAAAGUAACCAAGUGCACUUGCUGCAGAUAAUCACAUCUUUUAGCACAAAUUCACUAAUGAUGCAUUUGUAUUUAUACUUUAUUCAAACAAAUUAUUAUUAAGCAGACUGCAAGCCUUAAAAUAAGGACAGUAUUGAGAAUACCGGUAAUUAAAAAAAAAACAUUAUUGCUGUGAAUGAACAACGAGUUUGCUGUGUGGCUGUACUCUUGUUUAUUCUUGUUCUGCCUCAAAUGUGAACAUUCUUGCCUUCAGUCACUGUCGCUGUUCACUGACUUUGAUCGGUUGUUGUCUUUAUUUUAUUUCAGAUGCUUUACAGUCUGUUGUUGCAGUUCUUAGUCACACUGAACGGAGUAAAACUUGAAAAAGCUCUACAGGCAGAGUGCAAUAAAGAAAACAAAGGGUGCUGUUCUUCCACAAAGCUUGCAGCUGAUUGCAUAUAAUAUGUAC